AUGUCUGAUAAUCAAACUACAAGUCAACUCAAAACUAUUCCAAGCUACAAGUUGUUGGGAUCAAGCGGAUUGAGAGUUUCUCCAAUUGCUUUGGGUACUGGUCACUUUGGCCACAAUGCUGUCUUCUCCACUUCAAUGGGUGUUGGAUCCACAGACGAAGAAAAUGAGAAAAUCUUUUUAAGAUACCUUCAAGCUGGUGGUAACUUCAUCGAUACUGCCAACUUGUAUCAAGAUGGUGAAAGUGAAAAACUCAUUGGUCAACUCAUCAAGAAACACAACAUUGACAGAAAUGAACUUGUCAUUGCCACCAAAUAUUCCUUUAGUGUCAAUCAAAAACCAAACUCUGUUGGUAAUCACAAGAAGAAUCUUGUCCAAUCUGUCAAUGCCUCGCUCGACCGUUUACAAACUGAUUAUGUUGACGUGUUGUACAUUCACUAUUGGGAUUACACAGUUGACUCUCAUCAAGUCAUUAGAGCUUUGGAUGAUUUAGUCAAACAAGGUAAAGUCCUUCAUAUUGCCAUUAGUAAUACUCCUGCAUGGGAAGUAGCUCGUGCCAAUUCAUAUGCUGAAUUUCAUGCACUUUCUCCAUUUGUUUCGUAUACUGGUAACUAUUCCCUUUCUGAUCGUUCAAUGGAGUUGGACAUUAUUCCAAUGGCUCAAAAAUUGAAUAUUGGAAUUGUUCCAUGGUCUGUAUUGGGUGGUGGCAAAUUGACAGGAAAACAUCAAAGAGGUCAAGAAAAAUCAAGACGUCCAGUUGUCAAAUUUACUGAAAAGGAUUUUGACAUUCAAGAUGUUCUCUUGGAAAUUGCUAAAGAAACAGGUAGAACUGCAAGUCAAAUUGCUAUCAAUUGGGUACUCAACAAACCAUUUGUUUCAAGUACUUUGAUUGGUCCUUCAACUUUGGAACAAUUGGAAGAUAACUUGAAGAGUUUGGAAUUCAAGUUGACUGAAGAACAAAUUGCUCGUUUGGAUAAGGUUAGUGGUGAUCAACUCACAUCUGUAUUUCCUUAUAAUUUUAUUGGAAAGGAAUUUAAUAAUAGUCCAUUCUCUCCAAAGACUUUCACUAUUAAUCAAUAA